AUCAAUAUUGACCCCAGAAGAGAGAAGGCUGACAAUGGGAAACAUUGGGAAAGUUACCAGAAAGCUGUCAUCAUCAAUGACAGGCUCAGUCGAUGUCACAGAUUCGCUGACUAGUCCGUGGCUUUAUUGUCUUUGAGGACCCAAUGCCUAGCAGAGGACCAAAGUUCACAGGUUAAAAAAAUUUCCUAGAGAAGAAGGAUCAUAAGCACCAUGAUGGACUCAGAAGCGCAUAAUAAGAGAUCCCCAAUAUUGACCUCUCCAAGCCAGGAUUUGUCAACUCACAUCGCAGCCUUCAACAACGUGGCCAUCACAUACCCUGUUCAGAAGAUCCUCUUCCGGCAGCAGCUGUAUGGCAUCAAAACACACGAUGCCAUUCUCCAGCUGAGGAGGGAUGGGUUUCGAAACUUGUAUCGUGGGAUCCUCCCCCCACUGAUGCAGAAGACAGCCACGCUGGCGCUUAUGUUUGGUCUGUAUGAGGACCUGUCUCGCCUGCUCCGCAAGCACGUGAGCAGCACCCCGGAGUUUGCCAUCAGAAGUGUGGUAGCAGUGCUGGCCGGGACAACAUGAGCCGCUCUCACUCCAUUAGAAAGGGUUCAGACUUUGCUUCAGGACCACAAGCACCGUGAUAAAUUCACAAACACUUACCAGGCCUUCUGGGCCCUGAGAUGCCAUGGAAUUGCAGAGUACUACCGAGGCUUGGUGCCUAUCCUCUUCCGAAAUGGAUUCAGCAAUGUCCUUUUUUUUGCCUUCGGGGGGCCCAUUAAAGAGCAUCUGCCUACUGCCACUACAAAUAGCGCUCACUUGGUCAACGACUUUAUCUGUGGAGGUGUGCUGGGUGCCAUGUUGGGGUUCUUAAGCUUCCCGAUUAAUGUUGUAAAAGCUCGAAUACAGUCUCAGAUCGGUGGGCCAUUCCAGUCUCUCCCCAUGGUUUUCAAGACAAUCUGGGUAGAACGGGACAGGAAACUGAUCAAUCUUUUCAGGGGUGCCCAUCUGAAUUACCAUCGCUCACUCAUCUCCUGGGGAAUAAUCAAUGCAACGUACGAGUUUUUGUUAAAGAUUGUAUGAUAAAGUCACUACAGGAAAUGUUUUUCUCAACCAACUAGACCUAAAGAGAACGAAACGUGGUUUUGCUCCUGAUUGGCUUAAAUACAGGUUGGCGUCAUUAAGUCCAGGCCAUAAUAAACUACGGACAAAACGUUGACAAAAACAGUAAAAGGUUUCCGUGGGCAGAUGGCAGGGUUGUGGUUUGAUCAUUACUCAAGAGCUUUAGCCGUUCCCUGGUAACUAGCCGCAUAUCUGAUGGUCUUUUCAAGGCAGCUGUCAGCCAAGAGAGAGGAAGGGCCUGGAGCCUUUUCCUCCCAGAAGGAAGGGGCUGCGAGGCUCCUGUAUGGAAACAUGGCGUCAGCAUCCGGGGCAUAUGCUCCUACCCCAGGGCUACUCAGGCUCCCUCUCACCUCCUUCACUGCUUCUGUGCUCUUAGGUCACCUUCAUUAAAGCCAAGCAGUGCAUGGUGGGCUGGAGCAGAGACAGAAGACAGCGUCUGGCUGGAUAGUUCCAGGAAUUGUUGAAGUUAGCUUUGAAACAAGAAGUGCUGUGGAGGUAGUCAUUAUCCAAACUCUUUAUUUACAUUUGAUAGUGUUUAGCAGCUAAUGAAAGCUUCCAUUUCACUGUUUAGCUUUGAACAUUUUCUGUUUAAUUCUGAAUGUGACUUUAAGCCCUUCUAGGAUGUCCUUGUGCUUUCUUACUGAAUUCCUUGCCAGAAGAUAGGGUGGCCUGGUUAACGUCUGUCGUGUGCUUCAUCCUGGGAAGCAGGCACUGCCAGGUCUCCUGUUUCUGCUCGCUUUCUGCUACUGGUGCCAACGUAGCUGAACAGAGGGGUACUGCCCCUUGUGAGUAGUAACUGUCUUGUCUGUCUGUCCUGUUCCCGGUUCUAGACUUUCAAAAAUAAACACUUCCAUAAAGUUU